GUGACGCAUUCACCUGUUUUCCCUAACCUGUUUAUCACCUCGGUGUUUUUCCACUCGAUACUCUUCACUUUUUGCGGAAGCGUUUUGACACAUUUAUUUAACAGGCGACAGUAGAAACUGAACCUUUAACGCUUCUCGUCCUUUUGGGAGGUAUUUUGUGGGUGGCUGUGGUGUUUAAGCCGGACUUCGACCUGAGGGUGUAAACUUGCGGCCUAGCUGACACAAACAAGGAAGUUCAAGCGGUUGGUCGGCCAGCCAAUAGUAAAUGAUGCCUCGUGCGCUUACUCGCCGACCCUGAAAGGCGAUUAAAUUCUGAUGCUGAUCUGCUGACACUCGCCCCGGGACGCUCCUUCGCCGUUUUGUGGAACGCGGACGGGAUAAAGUUGCCUCCGCCUCCAGUCGGGACAAGAUGAACAUCUCCGUGGCCGACAUGGACGCGUCGCCGGAGAACACUUCCAUCGUCCACCUGACCGCUCCCAUCCUCCCGGACAUGGCGGACGUCUCCAACAUGACCAUCAUUCGCACGGCCAACGGCACCAUCUUGCAGGACCAGAUAUUUCUGAACACCACCGCCGCCCGCGCCCUCUCCGGCAUCUUUGUGUGGUCCGCCCUGCUCAUCACGUGCCACCAGAUCUACACACACCUGCGCUCCUACACUGUGCCCAACGAGCAGCGCUACAUCAUCCGCAUCCUCCUCAUCGUGCCAAUCUACGCCUUCGACUCCUGGCUCAGCCUGCUGUUCAUCAGCAACAACCAGUACUACGUCUACUUUGACUCGGUUCGAGAUUGCUACGAAGCAUUUGUCAUUUAUAAUUUCCUGAGUCUGUCCUUUGAAUAUCUGGGAGGAGAGAGUGCAAUCAUGUCUGAGAUUCGAGGGAAGCCUAUACAGUCAAGCUGCCUGUAUGGCACCUGCUGUCUGGGCGGGAUGAGCUACUCCAUCGGAUUUUUAAGAUUUUGCAAACAGGCGACACUUCAGUUCUGCAUCGUCAAACCCAUCAUGGCGGCCAUCACCAUCAUCCUGCAGGCCUACGGCAAAUAUCACGAUGGGGAUUUUAACGUGAACGGCGGAUACUUGUACAUCACCAUCAUCUACAACUUCUCCGUCAGCCUGUCGCUCUACGCCCUCUUCCUCUUCUUCUUCGCCACCAGCGACCUGCUCAGGCCAUACGAGCCGGUGCUCAAGUUCCUCACCAUCAAGUCCGUCAUCUUCCUGUCCUUCUGGCAAGGCAUGGUUCUGGCCAUUCUGGAACGCUGCAGCGUCAUUCCCAACGCGCUCUAUAUCGACGGACAAGAGGUCGGCGCCGGCACGGUGGCGGCCGGCUGGCAGAACUUUAUCAUCUGCAUGGAGAUGUUCUUCGCCGCCAUCGCCCUGCGAUACGCCUUCACCUGCACGGUCUACCAGGAGAAGAAGAAUGACGUCCCACAGAUCUUCCCAUCCAUGCAGAGCAUCUCUAGCGGUCUCAAGGAGACCAUCAACCCGGGCGACAUGGUGCAGGAUGCUAUCCACAAUUUCUCCCCGGCCUACCAGCAGUACACGCAGCAGUCCACGCAGGAGGUGGUCCCGCCUUGCCCCAACGGGAAAGUCGCCUCCACUGCCAACAAGGGCUCCCGCAAGUCGGACAAAGUCGUGCUGAUCAUGUCUGAUGACGAGCUCUAAGCUGCCAGAUUCAGUGUUGAGCAGUGACUGCUUAGUACUAAUGAACAUUUGAAAGGAUGAACCAGUUUUUACUGGCGUAGCUCAGCUACCUGAGAGUUUGACUUCUCGGCCUUAUAAGAAAGAAAUCAAUCACCUUUGUGGUAUCAGACCAGCAACAGUGUCACUCCAGGAGUGUGGCAGUGACUGAGAACGCCACCCAAUAGGACUGCAUCUGCUCCCCCCCACCCACCCCUUUUUUAAAAUUUAAUUGUAUUAUUAUUAUUAUUAUUUUGAUUCAAGAAACAUGGAAGUUCCAGACAGACAUGCUGGUUUUGGAGCAGGUACUUCAAACUGCAGAAUAUAACGCUGCAGAGUGCUUUUUAUGUAUUGGCUGCGACUCCAUGUCACAGUGGGCGUCCAACAAAGUGGGACAUGUAUUCAUUUGAAAUAGUCAAACAAGAUGGCAGAUUUUGUAGCAUCUGCACAAUUGUGAAUAUAUUUGGCAAAGCCUUUCAGUGUCAGGGUCACUAUUUAUAAUUCAUUUGAUUCUCUAUUAAAAUAUGUACAGAUUUGAUUGUAAUUCUAUUAUACAGAUGCAUCACAAUAAUUGUGGAAAAAUGUAUUUAUUUCAGUAGUUGAAUUCAAAAAGUGAAACUCAAUCACUAAGAUUCACUACGCACACACACACUAGUAAAGGUUUAUUACAUUGCUCCUAAUUCUGAUGGGUAUAUCUUAUGUUUAACAGAAAUCCCAAAUUCACAAACUCGAGAAAUUCUCAUAUUACAUACAAUCAAAACGAUUUAGAAUAUUUCUUUUUUUAAUGAAUCUAUAUACAGUAUUUGUUUCACUUCUUGAAUUGACGCUGUUGUAAUCUAUUGAGAUGCAGCUGUAAAUAUUUUGACUUUAAGAUACGCUGUGUUAUGAGUAGACUGAUUUAAAAACACAAAUUGGAAAAAAAAAAUGUGAUUGUCCACUUUUGUACAUUUGUCAUCAUUUUAAUACCCAUUUGUGCCAAUCAUUGCUGUCUUGACACGAGAAGCAAAAUAAACUUGGAUAUGAGAUUUGAAAUGAGGCAAAAUAAAAACACCUGUGUGUGUGUGUGUGUGUAUGUGUGCAAGUGGAAUUUGAAAUAAUGCGAAAUAAAAACACCUUUGUGUGUCUGUGACUGA